AUGGCCAAAGAUCACCUCUAUGGAAGUGUCAGGAUUGAAAUUGUCAAAGUUGAAACGGUUUGCCAUGCAUAAGAUAAAAUGGAUGCCAGUUGUAACCGAGCUUCCAAGUGGCCGCGCAUGGUAAAUUUGGGUAGAAGUGAACUCCAGCCUGUCAUGCUGUUUGGAUAAGGAAGACGCCUGCUGUCAUGCUACUUUAACAGCUCAGUUCUUACCCCUCAACAGGCUUACAAUCUGCCUCCCUUGCCUACUAUGCAAGACAGGCAUUGUUCUGUGGGUUGCAUUUUUUGCAUCACAAAUUAUUUCAACUCUGACGAUUUCGAUCCUGACACUCCCAUAACCGCCUGAAGGUCCUUAAUGGCGAGGCCUUGACCGGCAAAAUCAUAAAGCAAAUCCAAGAGCACUUGUUCCCCGUAUCAAAUGCAAAAAUGUCUGGGUCUGGAACAAAGCAACUUGUCAUGCUAGAUCUGAAUCAUGUAAAAAUCUGUGUUGCAUGAUUACCAAAAGCUGUCCACUUUUGACCUAAUCGAGAGGCAGUUUCUCAUGCAGGAUAGGCAUGAGAGAACUAACGCAGAAUCUGUCAUGCUAUGUCCUACACGCCAGACCUCAUGGGUCAUGCAAAAUAUGCAUGACAAACCUGGCAAUCUUCCAGACCCAGACACUUUUGCACUUGAUACCCCGGCGAAAAGAACGGCAAGAAGAGCAGCUUCCUCGAAACCACGACCGCGGCCGAUGAAACACAUCAAUUCAUCCCGGCGCCGCUCGCAGUCACGACAGUAGACCCGAUAGUUUAUGCAUAGCAAAAGUAUCGUAGUAGUAUAAAUUGCAUUACAAAUUAGCUCAGCACGACAAAUGCCAUUUGUAAUGCUGUUUUGCUUUGGGAACAAGAUUUGUCAUGCAUAUUUGCAAUUAGUACGAGUACGAUACUUUUGCAGAGCAUAUAGUUGUUGAACCAGCAACGAACAAAGGUUUUCUGGCCCGCCGGCUGUCCUCCUCGUCGUCGGAACAGGGGAGCUAUGCUUUGCAAAACUAUCGUACUAGUAUAAACCAGCCAUGCUCCGGCUGCCGCCGGAGCGCAAGGCUGUUGGGCCGGGCCAAGACUGUUUGCCGAUGGGACCACAACGCCAAGGGCCUAUGCACAACCAAACAUACUGGAUUCCUGCCCCCUGUUUGCGCCGCGCCAACCCGCAGGACCACUUGCGCGCUUCCCGCGCCUGUGGGCGCUCUGCGCAGGGAGCAGCCGCAAAGAACACCGGGGGCGAACAGAAGCCGCCCGGCGGGAGGGCGUAGCGCGGGAGGGUGGCGCGGGAGGGUGGCGCGAGAGGGUUGCGCGAGAGGGUGCGCGAGAGGGUGGCGCGAGAGGGUGGCGCGAGAGGGUGGGCGAGAGGGUGGCGCGGAAAGGCGCCGAAGAAAACAAGUCCGCGAAUGGCCUGCAAUGGCAAAUAUUGGCAGCACCAUGCGGAUUCGCGCCCGCUUCUUUGUGUUUUACCCUCUCGCAGACCUCUCGCAGACCCUCUUUUUGACCUCUUUUGGGGUCCCCGCUAAUAAUCCGGCUAUACUCGCGGGUAGAGGUCGACAGAGGUGGCCGAGAGGUGGCCAAGAGGGUCCGCGAGAGGUCGCCCCUUAUUCGCGCCACCUCCCUCCACCUCUGUCGACCUCUCGCGCCCCCUCUUUUUGACCUCUCUGCACCCUCUGUGCCACUUAGGCGGCGCCUAAGGGUGGGCGCUUACUGCGGGCCUUAUUCGCGCACCCUCUCGCGGACCCUCUCGAACGGGGUCCCGCGCCACCUCUCCACCUCUGUCGACCUCUUUUCUACCUCUGUCGACCUCUUUUUGACCUCUCGGCCACCUCUCUGGGACCCUCUGUCUACCUCUUUUUUCGCAUGAAUAUAAUGUAUAAUAAUCGCAUGACAAAUUUUCUCAGCAUGAGAAAUGAAAUUUGUGAUGCGGAUUUGACUUGAGAAAGAAAUUUGUAAUGCAUGACUACGAUUACUACGAGUACGAUACUUUUGCACAGGAUAGGAGCUCAGCAGAAAACGGCCUGGAAAGUAGUGUUCAUCUUGCCGUCGAGGAGAUCAGAAGUGCUGUGGGAGAAGAACAAAAGCCUCCGCAUAUCCUAAGUUAAAACGCCCCACCCCAGAAUGGGAAAUAGCAAUUUGAAGUUUCUCUGUGUUUUAAUUUGUUCUUUUCCAGUAGAUAAACACCCCAGACGAAUCAAGAGGGGGAUUUUACAAAACAAGCCUAGGAGUUUGGGGAGCCACGCAUGACAAGUUGCAGUCCUGAAGGUACUAUAGUGCAAGUUGGCAACAAGGACAGCUGCAUUUUUACAAAUCCAUGUCCAUCUGCGUACUAUCCUGUUUCACAACAACAUUACAAAUUCCUACAAACGACUGGAAAUGCCGCAUCAAAAACGUUCCUGUCUUCAUUGUAAAUCUGCAUGACAGUUCUGGAAUGGGCACGUUUUUACGCACGACGCCGCAUUUGAAGACGUCGAGGUCGAAACAUCAAACCAGGAAAUUCCUGUCCCGCCGCCGAGCAGUAUCAAAUGUAAAAAUGUCUGGGUCUGGAAACUUGUGAUGCUAAAAUGUGCAUGAUGAACACACUACCGAAUGCAGUCCGGCAUGACAACUUCCCAAAACGUUUUCUCAUACUAGGCAAUCCGCAUGAGAGACUGCGUUUUUGCAUGACAAAAGAGGCUGCGACUUUUGUUGGUUAUGCAAUACAGAUUUUCUAGGUAUGGAAGGCUAGCAUUACAAGUUCCAACCUUCCAGACCCAGACACUUUCACAAUCCAUAAGCAGAUGAUGUUGACGAUUUGCAAACGGAUGAUCUUGACGCAGCUACAACAGGGCAAGUGCGGACGUUGGCGCAAUCGGAAUCGGGUGACCUGCAGGCGUGGGCGGGCUCCUUGUUGGAAGACGGUUCUGGUGCACCAGGUGGCGUCGGGAAGACGUGGGACCAGGAGUUGGCUGAGCGAACGGUGACAGGAGACAACAUCAAGGUCCAAGAGGCUGUUGAAAAUCCAGAAGCUUUAAAGGGCCUCGAGGAGAAAUUAUUUGGCGAGAAGGUGGAGGUGGACAAAGUCAAAGACAAAGAGCAAAACCCCAGUGCGGGGGCUGUCGCUGUCCAGAGUUCCUCCGCGCUUGGAAGGUUCUUCGAGAGCAUGACGAAAAAUGUCCAGUCGGUCUUGGACACAAAGUUCCCGUCUGCGUCUCAAACUGCUCAAGGAGACGACCAGGAUAAAACGGCAAUUUCCAAAAUAGACAAGAACACAACGCCAGAACAGGCACGCAACUGGUUGGAAACUGUCGUGGAAAAGGUGCCCUUUAUGAAAAGCAUUUUUCAUUUCGUCACGCAUUCUUUUCACGUUUCCAUUUGCUCCAUGGUGGCCGGGGCCGUCACCAAGCUGCUAGUGAGCACGUUUCUUCGUUUCUACACCCCCAGAACCACCGCAUUGGGCCUUCCGGCGGCGUUGCGGAUUCUCAUUUAUACGUUCUUAACUUCGGACGAAUCUGGUUUGCGACACUACAUUGACCUCGCGAUUUUGAAGAGCUGGGGUCUCGGUUUGGUGCAAGCUGUGGCCAUAUCAACUGUAAAAAUGUCUGGGUCUGGAAGAAUGCAAGUUUGUCAUGCUUGUCUGGCAUGACUUGAGAAUCUGUAUUGCAUAGGCACGAAAAGGCCCUCUUACCUGUCAUGCAAAAACGCAGUUUGCUAUGCGGAAUACGUAAGACAUGGGAGCCGGAAGAUUUGUCAUGCAUAGCUGCGUAUUGCAGUCCGUCUACCAUUCACUUUUAGCAUCACAAGUUUCCAGACCCAGACAUUUUUGCAUUUGAUAGGCCAGGUCGGUUUUGGGGAAGCUCAUCGCGAACAUGGGGCACGUUGCUCGGUUAUCUAGUGUAAAAAUGUCUGGGUCUGGAAGAAUGCAACUUGUGUUUGUGAUGCUGAAUUUGGAUUCCAAAAAAAUCUGUAUUGCGUGAGCAGCAAAGGGAGUGUAAUUUUUGCUACGCGGAGAGGCCAUUUGUCAUGCGGAAUAGGCAUCGCGAGGCCCUCCAGAAAUCUGUGAUGCUAGGGCAUGCAUCACAGACAUCAUGGCCCAGGCAAAACAUGCAUGACAAGUCUCAGAAUCUUCCAGACCCAGACAUUUUUACAUUUGAUAUCGAUGGGGGGGAUCUGCGUUCCACAAACUGUUUUCCACCGCGGUCAAGAAAUUGUGGGUCUCCAAGUCCUAUCAAAUGUAAAAAUGUCUGGGUCUGGAAGAGUCUAAACUUGUGAUGCUGUCUCUGGAUUCGAAAAAGAUUUGUAUUGCAACGCUCAGGAAGAGGAGUAGAUUUUGUGCUCCGCGGAGAUGGCAUUUGUCAUGCGGAAAAAUAGGUAUGAGGAAGCGCUCUAAAAAUCUGUGAUGCUACGGCAUGCAUCACAGACAUCAUGGGUCAUGGAAAAUAUGCACGACAAAUCUAGAAAUCUUCCAGACCCAGACAUUUUUACUCUUGAUAAGGCCGCGCAGGCGGGUGGGUCCCCGGGCGCGGGUGCAGCGGCUUCUGGGGGAGGUUGA